GGUCUUGAUCUACGUAAGGUGUUUACCGGAAAUAUUUCCCGCAGUUUUCUGAUGUGCUAGAAUGAGCGUCUUUCUGUGUUUUAAACACUUUAUUAGUGGAUAUGUAGUUAUUUAGUUGACAGAGAUGUGACUGGACCAAGACUCAGUGUGACCGCCAAUCGAAUGUUCAGUGGAAAGCUUUGUUUUGUGUUGUAGUAGAAGGUUUUUGGGAGGCCUACUUCUCGGUAGGCCCUGAGGCAAGACCCUGCCGAUUGUGACUGCUGUGCGUCGUCUGAGUGUUGAUGGUCCACAAACACCCGCUGCCGCCAUGUCUCCUGACAUUGUUUACCCUCAGGGCUGCCGCGCUGUAUCAGAUGAUUUGGGGCCUGAUGAGCUGAUCAGAAGACUGAAAACACUGGCACAUACUCUUCAGGCUAUGGGACAAGAUGAGGGAAUGUACCAGCAAUACAUUCCCCUAGCCUUACACUUAGCAGAAGAGCACUUCUUGACCCAUCAGAGCAGAGAUGUCCAACUCCUUAUUGCUUGUUGCAUUGCUGACGUUCUUCGUGUCUAUGCUCCUGAAGCACCAUACAAGGACCCUGAACAAGUGAAGACCAUCUUCUUGUUCCUCAUAAAGCAAUUAUCAGGCCUGCGAGAUCCAAAGGAUCCCGCUUUUAAAAGAUACUUCUACUUACUGGAAAACUUGGCGUAUGUCAAGUCUUUUAAUAUGUGUUUUGAACUAGAAGACUCCCAAGAAAUAUUCUGCAAUCUCUUCCAGCUCAUGUUUAAAAUUUUUAACGACGAGCAUUCUGGGAAAGUGAAAAACUUUAUGUUGGACGUUCUGUGCCCCUUGAUUACGGAGUCAGAUAUUGUGUCCAAUGAACUACUUGAUAUUAUCUUGAUGAAUAUUGUUGAACCCAACAAAUCUGCUAAAAAGAAUGCCUAUAUUCUCGCAAAGGAACUUGUAAUAAAAUGUAGUGAUACUUUGGAGCCCUACAUACAAGCCUUUUUCAACCAUGUUCUCAUUCUUGGUAAAGAGGAACGGGGCCUUGGUAUUGCCUCCAAAGUAUAUGAUCUUAUUUAUGAGCUGAACCACAUUUGCCCUUCGGUUUUGCUUGCUGUCUUACCACAGCUUGAAUGUAAACUUAAGAGUGCUCAAGAAAAUGAAAGACUUGGUGCUGUCUCUCUGCUCGCCAGAAUGUUUUCUGAAAAGGACUCUACCCUUGCUAGGGCCCAUUCCCAGUUGUGGAAAGCUUUUCUGGGCAGAUUUAAUGACAUCAGUGUAAUGAUACGCAUCAAGUGCGUACAGUAUUCCAUGCAUUUCUUGAUCAAUCAUCCUGAACUGCGUAAGGAAAUCACAGAUACACUGAAGUUGCGACAGCAUGAUUCAGAAGAGGCUGUCCGGUAUGAAGUUGUGAUGGCUAUUGUUUCUACUGCAAGACGUGAAUUUGAAGUAGUUUCUGAUAGUGAAGAUCUUUUGGAGUAUGUUAAAGAGAGAACUUUAGACAAAAAGUUCAAAAUUCGUCGAGAGGCCAUGACUGGGUUGGCCAUGAUUUACAAAAAGCAUCUCAAUGAUUCAGAUGUACCUCAAGCAACCAAAAAGGCAGUAACCUGGAUCAAGGACAAAAUACUUCAUGGGUACUACAUGACUGGAAUGGAAGACAGACUUCUAGUAGAAAGGUUGCUUAACACCUGCUUAGUACCAUAUCAACUACCUGCUGAGGAAAGAAUGAAGAAACUGUACCAUCUUCUGGGAACUAUUGAUGACCAUGCCACUAAAGCUUUUGUGGAGCUCCAGAAAAAUCAACUGGCUGUCCGAAGAAGUGUUGGAGAGUGGUUGGAAAUACAUCGAAAACCACAAUCACCGGAAAGGGAUAGAGACAUCCAACAACGUAUUGUGGCACUCUCUAGGUUUCUUCCUGAACCAGUAAAAGCACAAGAAUUUCUUGCCCGAUUUUCCACAAACCUCUUGAAGGAUCAAAGUCUUCUGAUUGGCAUGGAAUCUGUUCUUAGACCAGAUAUUUCAUGUAAAGACUGUGCUGAAACCACAUCUUUGAUGUUGAAAAAGCUUGGCCAGCCUAUUAUGACCAAUCUGUACUAUAAUACAGUUAAGUUGUUACUUGAGCGGAUUUCCUCUGUUAUGGUGGACCAACAGGCAUUAAAGAUUCUUGUGGGCUAUGUUGAAGAUUGCCUGAAAGGUGGCAAUUUGAUUGAAGAGGUUGGCCUCCACCCAAAUACAGCUGGAGAAAGAGGACUGAAACUUUUGGUGAUGUUAUCCUAUGUGUUUCCAUCUCAUUUCCUCCACAAGGAUAUUUUGUCGCAUCUUAUAUCGUUCCUAGACUUGGAAGAUGAAGUUGCCCCCCUAGUAUUGUCUGUUUUGACGUUUGUGGGUAAAUUCCGGCCAAUUGGUGAGCAAUUCCCGGAAAUUGCAGAAACAUUGAUUCCCACGUGUAAAAGAUUGUCCGUUGAAGGAACACCCAAACAAGCUAAACAGGCCAUUAGGUGUUUGUAUGUGAAUGUCACUAACAACCAAGAUCAGUUGUUUGCUGAAAUCUUAGAGAAAGUAAAAGAACACUUGGAGCCAACCUCUGAACACUACCGAACAGCUAUUGUCGCACUGGGUCAUAUAGCAUACAACUUGCCUGAGAAAAAUCCAGUUCAAAUAAAAAAUAUAGUCUCGAGGAAGAUUGUUAAGGAGCUACUUGUGAAGGAAUAUACUGAUUGGAUUGGAGUAGAUCAUGAUGACCCUUGGUGUAGAGAAGAUGCAUUGCCUGAAGAAACUCGAUGCAGGGUUGAAGGAAUGAAGACUAUGGCUCGUUGGCUUCUGGGGCUUAAAGCUGACACUUUGUCUGCCCAAAAGACUUUCAGAAUGCUGAAUGCAUUCAUCGUUCAAAGAGGCGACCUCUUGCAAUCCAACAAGUUGAGCAAAGCUGAAAUGUCUUGGUUACGGCUUGCUGCUGGAUGUGCAAUGCUAAAGAUCUGUGAGCAAAAGGGUGUAGGAGAUCAGUACAGUGUUGAACAAUUUUAUGUCCUAUCUCAGUUGAUGGUUGAUGAAGUUCCUCAAGUGAGAGAAAUUUUUGCAACAAAACUGCACAAGGGCCUUGGCAAAGGCAUCCCGAAUAAGUGUUUACCUCUGGACUUCAUGGGCUUUUACGCCUUGGCUGGUCUAGAGUCAGAAAAGAGAUUAAAAGUCCUUGUCAAAAAUUACAUGGCAGCAGAUAUCAAUAAGAGAAGAGAUUAUGUCAAACAAAUAACAAUGGGAACAUCUGCAGGAUCCAUGGAAAAGGCCAUGAGCCAACUUAAACACAUUUUACCUGACUACAUGUUGGUCUUUGCUGUGCCUAUCCUGACACAUCAUCCUGAAUACACCAGCAAUGAGGAAAUCGACCAACUUAUUAGAAUACGACAGUGUCUAUGGUUUGUUUUGGAACCUCUCAUGCAGAAGAACGAUUUCUAUAGCUAUAGUUUUUACAAAGAUGUAGUUGAGCGCAUGAAGAAUCAUAAAGAUGCUUUGAAAGGAGAGGACCCAGCAUUUAAUGAAAAAAUGUGGGCUGUGUGUGAUCUUGCAAUGGUGUUGCUGAACACCAAAUCAACAACAUUUGAGAUGAAAGAGUUUAUUACAGAAGCUCGAAUCCCCACAAUGUACUUCAAGAGACACGAAGAUCCCAUGUUUGUCAAUACUCGUCAUUAUCUGCCUCCCGAGAUGUAUCAGCAAGUCCCUCCUGUCACUAAGAAAGCAAUCACUAUGAACAGUAAUGCUACAUCCAAUACUAACAAUACUAACAAUAGCAACAACACCAUUGAGAAAGCAUCAGCUCCCACUGCCACAAAUAGCUCUGCUGCCACAAAUGAGAAGUCAGUCCCUGCCACAAACUCCACUGGGGGUCGUAAACUAAGGGGGCGCAAGCUAGAAAAUACAGGAACUAAUGAGACUGAUGUACAGACGGAAGAAAACGGAGAGCCUCCUGCCAAGAGAGUUCUUCGAGGGAAUGCCAACAAGGUAGCAGUUGAUUAAUGUACUUUUGGGUUAUAUGUAAAUGCCAUACCCAUCCUAUGCAGUGCAAUGUACAUACUCAUGGUUUUAAAAUGCGUCUGCAAAGAAGUUGGUUACUGCAGUUGUUAAUUUUUUUUUCUCUCUCUUUUAAAAAAAAUUUAUGCGUCAUGAUCUCGUCACCAUUGAAAAUUUUAUUUUUAAGUUACUAGAGGGUAGGAUUGUGACGUGAAUGACAUGGGGUGAUGGGAGUGAAUGGUUCUUUGGCUGGACUGUUUCUAACACUGUUCAAGUAAUACUUUGCCAGUUGUUUGCUGUCUCCUUUGGCCUCCUCUCAACUUUCUCCUGUGAUUAGAAAAAUUUGUAACUUGCAUGAUUGUUAAAAUUUAUUUCGGAUCCUCUUUUCAUUGGUACAAAUGUCAUUAUCACCUUGUAUUAUUGUAUCUUUUAUAACUGACAAGUGUUAUUUUGCAAGGGAACUAGCAGCCUACUUGUCUAAAUGGCCAAUCUCGAAACAAAAAAAAAUGUUAUUAUAGUGUAUGGUUAUGUACCAAAGAUUAUAUCUAAUGAUCAUCUGGUGUAGGUGUACUUUGUCCUGCACUGAAUUCAAAUGGCAUUCCUUCAGUUGGCUCUGUACAUUCUGUUUAUCCCAUUGGCUCUGCAAAAUGACACUAAUGUGCAAAGUGGUGUGAUGUACUGUAUUUGUUUACGAUUGUCGUGAUAAAAGCUAAAUAUAAGUACUUUCAUUAUAA